AUGUUCAUUUUGUGGGGAAUCUGUUUGCCUGCUUGCAACUUGCAACUCUCCCCGUCCAUCAACUCGCCGGCCUCUCGACGCUGGGCUGGAUUUAUCGCGAUGGGGCGAAUUGACGUUGUCUAUGCGCUACUCUGCGUCGUCCUUCCCGUCUUGGUCGGCCUGCAUUUGUAUGUCGCGCCGUAUACCAAGGUCGAGGAGUCCUUUCAUGUCCAGGCCAUUCAUGAUCUGCUCGCCUUUCAGCUGCCCACUCGCAAUGUCGCCGAGACGCUGCGCGCUGAAUAUGAUCAUUUCACCUUCCCCGGGGCUGUGCCUCGGACGUUUGUCGGCGCCGUGACGCUCGCCGGACUGUCGCGGCCAUUCAUCUGGCUGAAUGCGAACAUUGAUCGGCAGUUCCUGGCUCGAGCCCUCCUAGGCCUGCUCAAUUCUCUAUCGCUGCUGGCGUUCGCAUCCAGCAUGCGACGAGCUUUUGGCAAACCGGCGGCCGUGUGGUACCUGCUCUUCCAGACCAGCCAGUUCCAUGUCCUCUUCUAUGCCUCGCGAACCCUGUCCAACAUGUUCGCCUUUGGCCUCUCCACCCUGGCGCUGAGCUUCCUGCUGCCCGUGCCAGUAUCACCGCGGGCGUACCAGAAGCGCUGUCGCACGUCGCUGUUCCUGCUGACGCUGGCGGGCAUCAUCUUCCGCUCGGAGCUGGCGCUGCUGCUGGGUACCUUCACCAUCUUCCUCUACCUCACCGGACGCGUCGAGAUCCGACGCGACAUCAUUCCCGCUGGGGUUCUCGGACUCUUGCUGGGCCUCCUCUUCACCGUCGGCGUGGACUCUUUCUUCUGGCAAGAAUUCCCCCUGUGGCCGGAAUUCGCCGCCUUCAAGUUCAACGUCCUCGCCGGCCAAGCCUCCGCCUGGGGCACGCACUCCUGGCACUUCUACUUCACCAACGCCCUCCCCCGCCUCCUCCUCAAUCCCUCAACGUGGCUGGCCCUCCCACUCGCUUUCACCCUCCCCUCCACCGCGCGCCCCGCCCAGCUCCUCACCAUCCCAUCCCUCGCCUUCCUCGCCAUCUACAGCUUCCAGCCGCACAAGGAAUGGCGCUUCAUCGUCUACAUCAUCCCCGCCCUGACCGCCACCGCCUCCCUCAGCGCGUCCUACGCCUGGACGCACCGCGCCAAAGCUCUCAUCCCACGCCUCCUCUCCCUCAUCCUACUCCUCACCACCGCUCUCUCCUUCCUCCUCUCCACUUUCGCCCUCCUCCCCGCCUCCGCGGCCAACUACCCCGGUGCGCUCGCCCUGCACGCCCUCCACCGCCACGCUGACAACACCCGGCCAGCCAUCUUCGUCCACUUGGGAAACCUCGCCUGCCAAACGGGCAUCACUCGCUUCCAACAACUUCCUUCUCGCAUCUCCCUUGCUCACUCCGCCUGGUCUUACGAUAAAUCUGACUCCGCGGAUCCGGUUGUCCUCACUGAGGACCCUUACUCUUUCUGGUCCCGAUUCGAUUACGUACUUGUUGAGCCGGGAGAGGAGGAAGAUCGUCUUCUUGCUGCUUCUACCCCUUCCUCUUCCUCUGGUUCCUCCUCGGACGACAGUAGCGAACUUGGAAACCCCCUGAUCUGGACCGAAAUCGAAACGAUAACAGGGUUUGCAGGCCUCCGUAUCCUUCGACCCGGUGAUGUGCCGAGUGAUAUCGAACUCGGGGUCUUGAAGUUUUGGUGUGGAGAGGGAUGUGGGGAGGUGUGGACCUCCAUGAGAGAUGCCGCGAGGAAGCUUACGAGAGGCUGGUCUGUUGAGGUUAGAGUUGAGCCGAGGGUGAGGGUUUUGUGGAGGAGGUUUUCUUAG